ACCAAAGCAAGCUCCACCAUGAAGUCACCAUUUUCGCCACCCAGCAGAAGAACAAACAAACUUGAGGUAUUACCAAUCCGAUAGACAAAAAUAAAACAAUUGUAUUCCACUUCAUUCCAUUGAAUUUGAACCCUUCAUAUUUCUUUCGAACAAUUUCUCAGCAUUAUUCUUUCAAUUUUCACUCCAUCAAUCAAUCAUGUUCAACUUCAAUAGAACCCUAAUCUAUCUCAAAACCGUAACACCACUAUCCCCAAACCCUAAUCCUCUUUUCCAUCCCUACCCAUCACUCUUCUCUCUUCAUUUCUGCACCAACACUUCCGAUUCAAUCUCAUUUGCAGUCUCCUACCUCAUCCAUAAUUUCGGAUUCUCCCCACAACCUGCUUCCAAACUUUGCUCCAAUUACCGUCUUCAAUUCAACACAUCCCAAAACCCUGACUCUGUUCUCACAUUCUUCAGAAACCACAAUUUCUCACAUUCACAACUCCGUCAUAUUGUUGAAAAAGCAACAUGGCUACUUUCCUGCAACCCCUCCAAAAGGGUCUUACCAAAGUUUCAAUUUUUACUCUCCAAAGGCGCUUCUAACUCCGACAUUGUUAACCUCGUCAGUAAGAACCCUAGAGUCUUGUCUCCUAGCUUGAAGAGUCAUAUAGUCCCAACCUAUGAAUUGGUUUACAGAUUCUUGCAAUCUGACAAGGACACUCUUGCUUGUGUCUUUCACAAUCCAAGUUUACUUAUUGAACAUAUUUUUUCAUAUAAUAUUAGAAUGUUGAUUGAGAAUCGAGUGUCUGACUCAAAUAUUGCAAGAUUGCUUCGCGUCCGGAGUCGUACAUUGUCAACACUUAACCUGGAGAAGUUAUUGGAGGAAUUACAGGGUUUGGGAUUUGAUCUUUCAAAAAUAAAAUUCAGCAUAGCUUUGAUUGCGAAAACAUCGGUAACCAAAACCAGGUGGAAGGAGAAAGUUGAUACCUUUAAGAAAUGGGGUUGGUCUGAUGAAGACGUCGCUGAAGCAUUUAAGAAGCAACCUUAUUGUAUGUUAACAUCCAUUGAUAAGAUUAAUUUAGUGAUGAAUUUUUGGGUCAAUCAGCUGGGUUGGGAUGCUAUGGCUAUUGCAAAAUCGCCAGGUAUUUUAUUGUUAAGUUUGGAAAAAAGGAUCAUUCCGAGGGCCAUAGUUGUGCAAUUUCUUCUCGAUAAAGGUUUGAGAAAUAUGAGUGCAUGCUUAACUAGUCCAUUUUUUGUGCACGAGAAGAUGUUUCUUAGUAAGUUUAUAAAAUGUUUUGAGAAUGAGUCUUCUUAUCUACUAGAGUUGUAUGAGAAAAAACUCAAUCUUGCAUACACCUCGGACACAACUUGUAUGUCGUGAUUAUAUUUUAAGAAGUUACGGUGAUAAGAAGCGGUGUGAGAAUGACACACAAGAACAUGAAGAAAAGAAUGCAAGUAUCCUCAAAUUGUUGCGUGAUCAGAUGGAUUAUGUCAUGAUUCAAAUUUCAACAUGUAAACAAAGGAGUGACUCCUUGAAAAUAUUGCAUUGCGAUCAGAUUGGAUCGUGGUGUGAUUUGUGAAUCACUCAGAAAUGCCACAUAUGAUUAAUGAUGAAUCGCGGAGCGACCAUGUAGUAUCAUGACGCGAUUAUGUUAUAAAAAUACCUUAGGAUAUAUACGCUAAACUUAUGCCAAAUGAUAGGGGUUCCAGACUUGAAUUGAAGAACAAUAUUUGUUUAGUGUUUAUGGAGUCAAGUGGAAGCCUUUUCACCAUUGAAGUUCACUUAUAUUCUUGAAUGAUUCAUGUAUUAUUUCUCAAACCUUGUUAUCAUGUUUAUGGAGCCAAGUGGAAGUCUUUUAACCAUUGAAGCUCACUUAUCUUGUAUGAUUCGUGUAUUAUUCCUCAAAAUUGUUAUUAUGUUUAAUUGUGUUAUGAGUAAUUAAACAUACUUUUGUGAGCGAUGCAUAUUUGAUCUUUGAAAUAACCUUGUACUUUUGGAGGCAGCUGUUGAUUUAAUAUAUUAUUUUUAUGAUAUUUAUCUAAUGUCUAUACUUAAUUAUUUUUAUUGAAUGAUUUCCAAUAAAUUAAUUUAUGAUUUAUUGUAUGAAGUAGGAGUGCAAUUUAUAAACGCUUUGAAAUAGAUAUUCUAGUUUAUCACCCACCUAAGAAUAGAUGCGGAUCCUUGAAACUCAUGUAUUCAUGUUGAUGUUAAACUUAAGAAAAUUUCCAUGAUUUACUACAAAAUCCUCAUGUUCACCCGGGAUAAAUCUUCCACAACAAAAAAUUAUUGUACAGGGAAAAAUUAGUGUUACUUUGGUCUUCCUCCUAAAUUUCAACCUUAUUAUAAGAAUAUCAUUGUUCUGUUGUAGGGGUCAUUCAAGAUUCUUCAAAUUUGGUAUUUUGGGAAUCCAUAAAAUAAGAUAGACUUUUGUAGCUUCUUGUAAGGUGUUCCACCAAAACUAAACAUCAAAAUUUAUUACUUGCGAGCCUCUUACGACCCUUUUGGUUCUUACUAGGGGUGUUCAAAAUCAAACCGGCUCAAUAGAAAAUCGCAAAACCAAACCAAACCAAAACUGCAAAAAACCGCAUUUGGUUCGGAUGUGUUUAUGCCGUUUUUUUAACAAACCGCGCGGUUCGGUUUGCGGUUUGUAUUUUACAAACCGAACCAAACCGCAUAAUGUUACAAUUCCCAAAUUAAAUUAACUUAUAUCCAUCUCAAACUCAAACCUAUUAUGCCUUAGUCUUACGAUUACGAAUGAUU